AGUGUGAAUGAGUUGGGAGAGAGAGAGAGAGAGAGAGAGAGGCUAAGCCAGGACUCUAAUAGCAGGUUUUCGUUUUCAUCCUCGCUGUUGUUGUAUUCAGGUCUGAAGAGAGAGGAGAAAAGUGAGAGAUUACAACACAUCCGGGGGAAAGUGUGAGAGAGAGAGAGAGAGAGAGAGAGAGAAAGGCAGAGCAGAGGCUGUAAUUAGCGCUGAAGACACUCUGCGCUCUCCUGAGCUCCUCGGUGCGCUUCUCUCUGGGACUGGGCGCAUGGCUCCGUUGGAACUGCUGCGGUACGCACACUGGUUCAGCUAGAACAGAGCGAGAGGAGGCGCGCGCGGGUCCAGCGGUGACUCCUCGAGGCUUUCUUUCAUUUAUCCUGGAGUUUUUCACCAGUUUUUUUUUUCAAGUUUUAACUUUCCUGACCCUGUGCUUCGGAUGCGGCGUGCGCGCGCUGCAGUGGGACAGGCGCGCUUGUGUGUUUUUUAGGAAGUUUUAGACUGAUUACAGCGCACGUGGUCUUGAUUAAAAACAAGCCGUCACUGCAACCGCUAAACCCAAAAAUAAAAAAUCAAAACAAGCCCUUUGCUGCGGUUUUCCGGCGCACGCGGCGAUGCUGCGGGUUGUUUUCGCGUGCGGGACUGCGCUAAUCGCGCUCGCCGCGCUCUUGGUUGAGGGCGCGCGUGGCGGCGGCGGUGGUAUUGGAGGAGGAGGCGGUGGCUACAGCCACGCGUACGGCGGCGCGAGCGUGUUCGCGGCACAGUCGUCCCCCCCGGACCCCUGCUACGAUGAGAACGGGCAGCCGCGCCGCUGCAUCCCGGACUUUGUGAACGCGGCGUUCGGCAAGGAGGUGCGCGCCUCCAGCACCUGCGGCGCUCAAACAGCCGCGCGCUACUGCGUGGUGACCGAGCGCGGAGAGGAGCGCUCGCGCGAGUGCCACACGUGCGACGCGGCGGACCCCAAGAAGGCGCACCCCGCCGCCUACCUGACGGACCUGAACAACCCGCACAACCUCACGUGCUGGCAGUCGGAGAGCUACGUGCAGCACCCGCAGAACGUGACGCUCACGCUUUCGCUGGGCAAGAAGUUCGAGGUGACCUACGUGAGCCUGCAGUUCUGCUCGCCGCGGCCCGAGUCCAUGGCCAUCUACAAGUCCAUGGACUACGGAAAAACCUGGGUCCCCUUCCAGUUCUACUCCACGCAGUGCAAGAAGAUGUUCAACCGGCCGAGCCGCGCCGCCAUCACCAAGCAGAACGAGCAGGAGGCGGUGUGCACGGACUCCCACACCGACAUGCGGCCGCUGGCCGGCGGCCUCAUCGCCUUUAGCACCCUGGACGGGCGCCCGUCCGCGCACGACUUCGACAACUCGCCCGUGCUGCAGGACUGGGUGACGGCCACGGACGUGCGCGUGACGUUCAGCCGCCUGCACACGUUCGGCGACGAGAAUGAGGACGACUCGGAGCUGGCGCGCGACUCCUACUUCUACGCGGUGUCCGACCUGCAGGUGGGCGGCCGCUGCAAGUGCAACGGGCACGCGUCCAAGUGCGUGAAGGACCGCGACGGCGGCGGCCUCGUGUGCGAGUGCAAGCACAACACGGCGGGCGCAGAGUGCGACCGCUGCAAGCCUUUCCACUACGACCGGCCGUGGCAGCGCGCCACCGCGAGGGAGGCCAACGAGUGCGUGGCCUGUCACUGUAACCUGCACGCCCGCCGCUGCCGCUUCAACAUGGAACUGUAUAAACUGUCGGGGCGCCGAAGUGGAGGCGUGUGCCUCAACUGCAGACACAACACUGCCGGCCGCCACUGCCACUACUGCAAAGAGGGCUACUAUAGAGACAUGACCAAGGCCAUCUCCCACAGACGAGCCUGCAAAGCAUGCGACUGCCACCCAGUUGGUGCUGCUGGUAAGACGUGUAACCAGACCACAGGGCAGUGUCCGUGUAAAGACGGUGUGACGGGCAUCACCUGCAACCGCUGCGCUAAAGGCUACCAGCAGAGCCGCUCGCCCAUCGCCCCCUGCAUCAAGAUUCCAGUGGCCUCCCCCACAGCUACUUACACCAGUGCAGAGGAGCCAACAGACUGCGAUUCCCACUGCAAAGCCUCUAAGGGCAAAAUGAAGGUCACCAUGAAGAAGUACUGCAAGAAGGACUUUGCUGUCCAGGUUCACGUGCUGAAAGGAGACAAGGCGGGCGAGUGGUGGAAAUUCACCAUCAACAUCAUCUCAGUCUACAAACAGGGCGAGCACCGCAUCCGCCGGGGUGAUCAGCUGCUCUGGGUUCGCGCCAAGGACGUGGCCUGCAAGUGCCCCAAGAUCAAGCCCGGGAAGAAGUACCUGCUGCUGGGCUCGGACGACGACGACUCGCGCGGCCAGAGCGGCGUGGUGGCCGACAAGGGCAGCCUGCUGAUCCCCUGGAAGGACCUGUGGGCCCGGCGGCUCCGCAAGUUCCAGCAGCGCGACAAGAGGGGCAAGUGCUAGAGGAGCCCGGCAGCAGAACGUAGAAGAAGAAGGAAUAACGGAAGAAAACAAAGGAGAGAUAGAGAGAAAGAGAAAAAGAGAGAGAGAGAGAGAGACACGGGAUGAGAUGGACUGAGCGCUGCUAAGCAGAUGGAUAUUACUAGACUUUUGUAGGAACUGUUGUGAAGGAACCCCAAGUUUCACAGAUUCGUCCUCAGCUGUCUUUAUUUGAGGGUUUAUCGUUUGUUCCAUAUUGUGGAUUUUUUUGCAGAGUUUGCACCUAAUGUUACGUAUACAGUAUGUUCAUAAGUCAUUUUCGAUCCAUCAGUUUUGGUUCUUUUUUUAUAUAUUUAGCCUCAAAUUUCCCGCCAUUUUUUUUAGCUACUGUGUCCCAACUCUGGCUUGAAAAGCCCUUGUAGACUGUGUUUAAUUGUUUGAGGCGAUGAAGAUUUGAUUGGGAGAUAUUGAGUCAUUGUCAAGUUAUUGCCAAGCUCAUACCAUACCCAGCCAACACCCAGCCAACAUGCUCAUGAGGGGCUCACGUGGGUGGACUCGGUGGGUUCCAGGUGGGCAUAGGCUUUCAAAAAAUGGGCCCCAUCAUUUCAGCCCUCAUUGCCCAAUCAAUCUCACAUGGGUCCCAAUCUCAGAUCAGGUUUAACCCAUAUUUAACCCACUGACCCUGAUGGGGCCAAUCACUGACGUCCAUACAUGGGGCCAACAUGGAUUCCCCAUACAGCCCCCACAUGGGCAUUUUACCUGGGGUAUAAAUACAUAUAUAUGUGCUCUACUCAUCUGUACUGGUCACAUGGUCUAAUAAUGAAAGAAAAGUGAUCUUGGGGAAGUUAUACAUCAUAUGUUAUAUAUGAGUUAUACACUAUACUGUAUAUUGACUUUAAACAAACUGGUAUCUGCAAGAUGAGUAUAAAGAAUAAACUAACAGCUCAUGUAUACCUCACUGCGAUUUUUAAAAUAUAAAAUUAUGUAAAUUGAAAAAAAAAAUACAAUUAGGUAAAUUGGGAAAAAAAAUAAUAUUAUGAAAAUGGAAAAUUAGCGAAAUGUACAAUAUGGUAAAUUGGGGGAUGAUAAGUAAAAUAAUGGAAAAUUAUGUAGAUUGGAAAAAAAUAAUCCUUUGAAAAUUUACCACUAGCUAAAUUAAGGGGAAAUUUUUAUUUUUUUGAAAAUGUAAAACUAUGUAAAUCGGCAGAAAUAAUACUUUCAAAGUGUCCAAUUAGGUAAAUUGAGGGAAAAUUAUUUUUUUUCAAAUAGGAAAUUAUGUAAAUUGAAAAAAAAGUAAUACUUUGAAAAUGUACAAUUAGGUAAAUUAAGGGAAAAAAUAAUUUUUGAAAAUGGAAAAUUAUAUACACUGAAAAAAGUAAUACUUUGAAAAUGUACAAUUAGGUAAAUUAUAAAAUAUAAAAUUAUGUAAAUUGGAGAAAAUAAUACUUAAAUCAAGGAAUUUUUUUUUUUUAGUUUUUUUUUUUAUUUAAAUUACGUACAUUGGAAAAAAACAAUACAAUUAGGUAAAGUGGGGAAAAAAUAUUUUUGAAAAUGUAAAGUUAGGUACAUUUUCAAAAAUCUACAUAUUUUGAAAGUGUGAGAUUAGGUAAAUUAAAAGAAAAAAAUAAAUUGUACAAAUAUCUACAAAAAAAAAUUGAAAAUGUAAAAUUAUUUUUAAAAAUGGAAAACAAAUUGACCUUAAACACAGUAUACAGUACAGUAUACAGUAUGCUGUAAUUAUACAGUAUAUAUGUUAUAUACUUCUAUAACCCCCACCUUCACCUGCAGCAUCACAGAUAAUACCUCAUUGCUUCUUCAGCAAUUCUGAAUGUGCCAUGGAAAAGUGAUAUACGUCAAAUUUUUGCUUGAACCACUAUUAAUGUAAGUUGAAUGUUGUUUUUUAAUGCAGUGAUAUAUUUUUUGCAGUGUACAUUAUAACAUGUUUGACCAUAGAUUACCAUAGUGUGAGUCUAAGAACAGAGUUUUAACCCCUUUCUCAUCCUGGAAUGUGAUACAGCUAUAAAAAGACAACGUUUCCACAAAGGGAUCCGGUCUUACUUUCAAUAUAAAUCAAGAUCAAUCAAGAUAACUGAUGCUCACAGGGACGGCUCGUGAUUCCUGAAUACUUACAGUCAGUGUUUACCUAAAAUUUGGCUACACAUGAGAAAUUAAAUUUUUUUUAAUUUUGAAGAUAAUCUAAAUAUGUUGAAAAUAAAUGUCUUUGAGUGUGAAAAAAAUGAGUGUUGAGAGAAAACAACAUAAAAUAAUACAAAUAUUUAAAAAAAGCAAAAUUUGUUAAUUGGAAAAAACAUCUAUAUUUUUGUAAAUGUAAAAUAAGGUAAAUUGGAAAAAAGCAUAUAAACAUAUAUUGAACGUAUAAAAAAAUGAAUAUUUUGAACAUUUAAAAGUAGGCAAAUUAGAAAAAUAAGGUUCAAUGUGAAAAAUAAACAUUUUAAAAGUGUGAAAACUAGAAAUAUAUGAUUUUUUCUCAUUUAAAAAUUUGACAAUUUUGCAUUUGAAAUUCACAAAACCCAACGAUAUUUUCUCACAUCCCAUUUUUAGUCUAAUUCAGAAUUAAUUCAAAUUCUAAUCCAGAUCCAAAAAAGAAUCCCAGUGUCAGAGAGAGUCUUUAGGGUGAUGCUCGCUUAACCAUUUAAGAAUGGUCUUUGGGUUUAGAAGCUUUUGGGAAAACCAUUUUUUUUCCUCCAGUGAGUGAUAAACAUAUAAGAAAUAUAAAUAAGUAGGAGGGACUGUACCCUAAAAGGCGAGAGCCAGAAGGUAACAUAGACACGAGCACACCCCGAAACAUUGGCGUCCACAGACUACAACCACCGAAACCUCCUGUUUUUUUUUUUUUACGUGAAACGUUAGUAACCUGUACGAACUUCAUUACUUCAUUCAUUAAUCAUGACUCGCUGGGUCAUGCAGCUAUAUAGUUUAGUCCAUAAUAUUAUAAUAUAUUUGGACAGGAUCAGAAAAAUAUGACAAUAUAUGAUAAUAUGACAAUAUGACUUGUUUUGCCUCAUACAUACAUAGACCUACAGUUUGCUGGUACUCUGUGGAAGGUAUUGAUUGUUCUUUAUUGGUCUUUAUUUGUAUAGUUGUAUAGUUAUAUUUUUUUGUAUAACAUUAACUAGAGUAUAUUCAUGUUAUUAACCAGAAUGUUUUUAGUACCAUAAACACGAGAAUAAGAUUGAUAGGGUUGUGUUUUGCUUUGUUUACAUGAUAGAGAGGAAUUUGUACAGUAUCUGUGCUAUUGAGAAUGAAAUAUUUGAACACACACACAUACACACUCAGCAAUUUCUCUCUAUAUAUAUAUAUAUAUAUAUAUAUAUAUAUAUAUAUAUAUAUAUAUAUAUAUAUAUAUAUAUAUAUAUAUACAUAUAUUUCUUUAACAUCAUACUACAUUCUACAGUACAUAUAUAUGUAUAUAUAUAUAUGUGUGUGUACUUUACACAGAAUGUCCAACACACAGUGCACUCACUAAAAAGCCACUAUGAACGUCAAGCUAUGAACUCUAGUGUUGGCUUUGAAUGAAUAUUAUUAGUGCAUUCUCUCAGUUAGAGCCAUAUAUAAAUAAAUACAUUGAAACAACAUGGACAUUUCAACCGAUUCUCCAGCUCUCCUGUGCGGAGAAUUAUCCAGCAGGACAGGUUCUGAAUGAAGACCCAGCCAUUGUUCAUUGUUCACCCACCUGUAAAUGGAGUUUAGCUGUAUUCUUUGCAUAAAAAAAACGAAAUAAAAUAAAAGCUGUGUUUUGUCUUGUAAUGCAUACUAAUAUAUAAUGGUUCUCAUAAAAAAACAAAAAAUGAAUAUAUUUAAUGAUACCUGAAUUUACAUGCCUUUGUUUUUUGUUAUUGUUGCUAUCAUUUAUUGUCUCUGGGUAUUGUUUCUGUCUCGCGACGGGAUUGGGUGUUGUGCCGAGAACGAGUUGUAACCAUUCGACGUGCAGAUAGUGAGAAAAUGGAAGUUGUUUUCAAUAAACCCUUGUAAACAUUGAAUACA